UUAAAUUGUAAUUAAUUAUGAGUUAAAAAUGUUUAAGUGCUGAAAGAAUGAGGGUUAGUAUACGGGGAUAUAUGUUUUGCGAUUCGCCGAAAUUAUAAUUGAUUUUAUUACAUUUAAUGAGUAUUUUCGCAUAAAAGACGGAUUAUUACUCGAGUAAAAUUAAUAGUGUUGUGUCAGUUAAACGUCUUAAAAAUGUUUUCUUGUGACAAGUGUGAAAAAGUGUACGUUGCCAAAAACUGUUUGAUGAGGCAUAGGAAAAUCCAUGAUGGUAUACGAUUUAAGUGUUAUUUAUGCCCAUCUACUUUUUCGGACAAAUGCGGACUUGUACGCCAUGUUCAAAAGAUACAUCACCUCGUAAAGUAUGGUGUGGACUAUAAUAUUGCUAUAGGAAAUCAUGCUGAUUCGAGGGCUAUGUCAACGAGUGAAAAUGUAAAUGAUACGGAGAGAAUGCAGGCGGGCCCCAGUGUAAUUAGUCCUAAACGUCGCAAACAAUGCAACACUGACAAUACGAUUAAAUGGGUAAAGGUGAAACGAUUACAAGAAAUUAUGACGAGCGGUUUUCAUAAAAUGAGUGAAUCAUUAAAUAGUCAAAUUUUAUGGUUUUACAAAAAGAAUAUUGAAAAUGUAGCCGAGUAUCAAUAGAAACCCAUAAAAUUAUUGAAACAGUUUAAUAUUCAAACGACGCCUAAAAUAUAUAAAGGUAAUAAAAGCAGUAGGCCUGGGGAAGUACUCAAUCGUGUCAUGUAUUACGUUACUGAAAUGGCGUUAAAAAUUGAAGAGUAGCUCAGGACGAACAUUGAUAUUUGUAUGACACAUGAAGAAACUGAAGAACAUAUAAUGAAAACCUGCUGUGACUUGUGUAAAGGUACUUUUACAGAGAAAAAUCAUUAAGUAGCAGACCAUGAUCAUUUGACAGGUAGUUUUAGAAAAACGCUAUGUAACAAUUACAAUUUAAAAUUAACAACGCCCAAGUUUGUUAACGUAUAUUUUCAUAAUCUCAGCUCGUACGACGGACACCUUUUAGUUAAAGCCCUUGGAAGAGACACUAGUAGAAUCAAUGUAAUACCCGCUACAGAAGAAAAAUAUAUUUCUUUUUCAAAGUUUGUUUCAAACAAUUUUUCGCUAAGGUUCAUUGAUACAUUUCGUUUUAUGGGUACUAGUUUAGCGGCUCUCGCUGAAAAUUUGCGCGCCGCCGACAUAAAAUUAUUCGAAGAAACCGCAAAAGCGUUUUCAUCGGACGGCGACAUUGAUUUGGUGACCCAUAAAGGCGUGUUCAUACACCUCCAGCUGGAAUGUACUCGAAAAAAAACAAAUUGCCGUCAAAAGCCGAAUUUUAUAAUAAACUGUCAGAAACACAUAUUGACGAUGCCGAAUACAAACACGCACAAAACGUUUGGCAACAUUUCAAUUGUAAAACGCUCGGUGAGUACUCUGAUCUGUACCUGAAAACUGACGUAACAAUACUUUCGGACGUUUUUACGAAUUUUCGCAAGUUAUGUCUACUAAAAUAUAAAUUGGAACCGGCUGGUUUUAUUUUACGAGUCCCGGUCUGUCUUUUGACGCUAUGUUGCUGCAUACGGUCGUUUCACUAGAUCUCAUGAGCGAUUAUGAACAGCAACUUUUUAUUGAGAGAGGAAUACGGGGAGGAACGACAACUUCGGUGUUGAAACAUGCCAUAGCCAACAAUGAAAAGACGCCUCAUUAUGAUAUCAAACAACAAAAAUCUGAAAUUAUAUAUUUGGAUGUCAAUAAUUUGUAUGGUUGGAGUAUGUCUCAACAUAUGCCAUGUGGUGACUUUAAGUGGUUAGACGUGGACGACGAAACAAAAAUUUUAAAGACUGUGGAAGAGUUACCUGCGGAUUCUCCUAUAGGAAUGGCCCUUGAAGUGACGGUGUCGUACCCGAAAGAGUUACAUGAUGCCCACAACGAAAUGCCGUUUCUACCUGAACGAAAAUGUCCGCCUAAUUCACGGGUCAAAAAACUGUUGUCUACUUUCGAUCGGAAAGAAAACUACGUUAUACACUAUUUAAAUUUAAAACAGGCUAUGGCAAACGGAUUAAAAGUAGAAAAGGUGCAUAAGGUGUUACAAUUUAAGCAGUCGGCCUGGCUAUCAAAAUAUAUACAACUCAACACGGAGAUGAGACAGAAAGCCAAAAAUGAUUUUGAAAAAGACUUUUUUAAAUUAAUGAACAACGCUGUUUUUGGUAAAAUGAUGGAACGUGUACAAUUUAGAACGCAAAUGGAAUUGGUCAAUAAUCCUAAACGAGCGGCUAAAUUAAUUAGAAAGCAUAAUUUCAAACAUUGUACAACGUACAGUGAAAAUUUAUCAGCGUUUGUAUUGGAAAAGAAAAUUAUCGAUUUUUGUAAACCAGUAUACGUAGGUUUCGCAAUUUUAGAAAUUAGUAAAACUCUGGUAUACGAUUUCCAUUAUAACGUAAUGAAGAAAUAUUUCAAAGACCGUGCUUGACUAUUAUACGGUGACACAGAUUCAUUAGUGUACUUAUUGUGGAUGAUGACUUUUACGCGGUGGCAAAGAAAAAUUCUGAUCUAAUGGCUAGACUUGACACUUCAGGUUUGCCGAGCAGUCACCCGUGUUAUUCAAACGCUAACAAGAAGGUGCCUGGUUUGUGGAGUGACGAAGCGCCGGGGAAAUCUA